GAUGAAUGGCAGUGCAUUCUCUCUAAAUACAGCUGGGUUUGUUCCUAUUACAACAGGUCCUGGUAUAUAGGUGAUUCCAAAUUUUGACAGUACGUGGGAAGAAAGAGAACUUGUAUGCAUCAGUGGUUGCUUUCGGUAUAGCAUAUUUAAGGCUGUGAUCAUGUCGUCCGAUGUAUGUGGCAGGACCGAUGGUAGGAGGAAAAGGUACAACAACUAGAUAAGAUGAUGAAUUUUAUGGAAAAGGGUACACUGAGCAAGAAGCUUAGACGGCGUGUAUAGAGACUAUCCCAUCCGAGUGCAGACACAAGGACUGAGGAAGAUGUUGAGGACCUGUAGCUAGUCACCGUGUACAAAGCGAGAGGCUGAUCUUUACACUCUUUUUCAAUUGAGCUAACAAUAUUAUUGUAGCUGUAUGCGGGUUCCAUGCCUCUGAUGCAUAUUCCAAUUGUGGACGGACCAAUGUAGGCUCCGGUGUAGGCUGUGGCUUUCACCUCUUUCAUACAUGGUGACAUGCAGUGUCCUUCUAGUCCUAAAGUACGAUUUGCUUUGAGUCUGAUGUUCUGCCAAGGCUUAUUCCAACGUAAAUCAGCAGUGAUCGUCACACCUAGGUAUUUGUAUCCACUUACUCUUGGUAUAAGAUCGAUUGCAGAGAGAGUAAUUAUAGAAGCCAGGCACAUGCACGUUUUCGAGUUAUUGAUAGAACUGCAUACUUCUUCACAUUGAAUUCAUCAACCAAGUUGAAUACCAAUUGGAUAUAGUUGCUGGAGAUCCUGUUGAUCGAAGAUUGUGAUGAUCCGUACUUUUGGAAAUCUCUCUAUAAAUAACACAGUCAUCAGCAAAUAGCAUCAUACUUGACCUUAUCUGAUCUUGGAUGUCAUUUAUGAAUAAUAGAAAGAGAGUCGGGCCGAUCACAGAGCCUUGCGGCACUCCAGAAGUGACACUGUUCCAUUGUGACAUGGUUCCAUUAACUACCACAGCUUGUCAUCUGUUGGUAAGGAAUGACAUGAUCCAGUUGAGCGUAUCACCUGUGAUGCCAUACAGGGGCUUUGAGUGUAACCGUUGAUGCAGAGCCUAUGUAGAUGUGCGCCCUCUAUCGACAGUUGUUUUACGCAUGGUUCGUGCUGUCUGUCUUUCCGAAUUGUGUAAGCGAAUUUCCUCGAAAUCCCGUAAACAUGAACAAUCCUGCUUCAAAUCUGAGACCAAUUUUUCGUCUUCUUACCUUCGGAAUUAGAUUGUCUAGACAUGCAAAUGAAGUGCAAAUUCCUGUGACUACAAGGAUAAGACUUCACCAUUCAUCAAGACCAGUUAUCAAUCCACCAAAAGUUACAGCAUGCACAAGACAGUACAGCAGUGGAGCUAUCCCAGCCCCUAGCAGGGACAAUGAACCCAAACAAUAUCCUGAAAAGAUUUCGUCACUUGUUGAUCAGAUAGCAGCAUUGACAUUAUCAGAAGUCAGUGAUCUUAACGAGUUACUGAAGAAAACCUUGAACAUCCAGGAUGCUCCCAUGAUGGCUGUUGGAGCAGCCCCAGCAGUAGCAGCUGCACCUGCAGAACAGGACGAUGAUGAGGGGGAUGUGGUUAAGGCUCCAGAGAAGACGCAGUUCACAGUGAAACUAAACAAGUUUGAUGAAGCCAGUAAGGUGAAGAUAAUCAAAGCAAUCAAAGCUCUCACAUCAGGGAUGAAUCUGGUACAGGCCAAAAAGUUUGUGGAGUCGGCCCCACAGGUUGUCAAAGCCGAUGUCGGGAAGACGGAAGCAGAAGAGAUCAAGAAACAGUUGGAAGAAGCAGGGGGCACCUGUGAGAUUGAAUGAUAGAAUUGGACAAAGAUGGAAUACCAAAGACUAACUGAUGCAUCAGCCAGCGUGAAUCCUCAGUAAAGGAGCGUCUUAUCGUGCAACGUUACUUUAUAGCGCGAGAGUUUUGAUGCACAUAUUCAGCUUGUGGAAAGGCCUUGAAUUAAAACAGCAAGGCCACUAUUGGGCACAUAUCAAUAUUACAGAACAAAUGAGAAAAGAAAAUCAGCACACAAGAAAUCCAUCAACAGUGAGACAGGCACUUAUUCCAGGCAUUGAGGAAUCCUCCUUGGCCGUGGUCUUGGAUCAAUCCAAGCCUUGCAAGGAUGUGGACCUUGGAUUCCCACCUUCAUUUACUUUAUUUGGCAACUGUUCGGGUCAACCUACAAGGUACCAGAGACAAUUGUGACUGGAUUCUCACAUCGACUUAUGCAUAUUAACCGAUUGACAACCGAAUUCUGUAAUUCCGGUAGGCUUUGUACAGGGACUAUCUGGUUCCGGUAGUCAAUGGGUUUAUGUGAAAGAAACCAACAAAUGAAGUGAUACCUUGAGAAAUUAACCCAGGAUCCCGGAUGGUAAGAUUAGUUUUCAAGAUAGGGAGCAAAUGAUGCAGGGAAUACCAAAUAGGAAUCCACUGCUAUCACCGAGUCAACUACAUCUGUAAGAUUUAAGACAGAAAUAUAAAAUAUAAUUUAUUGGACUGGCGGCACAGAAACGUUGUUAGCGCCAGCAAUGUGCUCACAGAGAGGCUCUGUUACAACAGGCCAUGUCACAGCGAUGCUUCAAUGCGUUUCUUACAUCGUUUGACUUCUCAUCUGAAAGAUGUGACUGGGCCGACUGUUUGUACUCUGUUAGUGCUACCAACCUUCCUGUGUGCCCGGCCCAUGUCUCUAGUGCUGUCUAUGAAAAAAAAAAGAAAACCAGUGAUUAUUCUUGUUCAGGAAAGAUGUUGUGUGUGUGCCCCCCCCCCCUUGAAUUUCCAUCAACUACUUGUUUAUAUACAGUUUGGCCCAAAAGUUUAUGUUCACUUGCUUCAAGCACAGACUUACUCCUCCCUCAAGAUAUUGCUUUGCCAGUGGGAGGAUGUGUAGUCUUCUGAAUAGUAUUAAUUUACACUCAAAGACAUUUAUAAUUGUGACCUCUGAUGAAUAUUUUUUCCUCUCUCUCCAAGUUUAUAUGAACUUUCAGGCCAAACUUGAUAUGAAUGAAUAGCAUGAAUCAUGCUCCUUUUGUAAAUCAAAAAAAAAUAAAUGAUAACAUAUUCACAAAGUA